GUUACCUAUCCAAAUAGUCAAAUACCGAUUUAGAUAAUAUUUGUUAAUUGUUUUAAUGCUAUUUUCUGUAGCGAACAAUGAUGAGCAUUAAUAAAUAAUACACUUUCUGUACACAAAUUUCUAUUUAAAUCAUUCAAGAUGAUGGUCACAAUUCAUGGUCUUCCUGUGAAUAUCAAUUAUCAGGAUGUAAAGGCCAUGAUCAAACGGGAAUGUAAAAUUGCAGACUUUAUAUUGGACAAUUUAGUAAGCGAGACCGAUGGAUUAAAAAAAGUACGAGUAGGGCUUGCGGACGACAUAGAAGGCGCACAUGUUAUAAAAUGUUUAAAUGGAUAUCGUUUCUCUGGAUACAUACUACGCGUGACUCCUGUUGGAAAAUCAGGGGUUUUGAACCAAGCCAGUCCACUCAAUCAAAGGGCAUACCCAGCGCAAGGUUACCAGGGUCAAAGUCAAAAUGAUUAUGGUCGUGUUGACCCCUGGUCAAAUAACCAGUGGAGUGCGAACCAACCAAUCGCCCAAGCGCAGCAAAAUAAUUAUGGAUAUCAGGGACAACAGAUGAAUACUUAUGCUCCUGCUAAUGUGAACCAACAAAUCAGGCCGCAGUAUGAUCAAAGGCAAUCUAUUCUUAGUAGAAUAGGGCCCCCGUCACAGGGAUUCGCUUUUGCCCCUAAGAAUGAAGUGACACAACCGGCGGCCCCAAUAAGACAAGGCGUGUUGAGGGCUGUCGAAAUAGUAGACACGUCGCACCUCACAAACCGACACAUAGGAUCUUACGACACGUCACGUGAUAGAUCCGACUUGACACGCGAUAGGCCAGAAUUGGCACGCGAAAGAUCGGACUUGGCACGCGAUAGACCGGACUUGACACGUGAAAGAUCAGACUUGGCAUGUGAUAGUAUUGACUUGGCACGCGAGAGGCCUGACAUGCCACGUAGGAGAACCGAUAUACCCCGUGAGAAUGUCAUCAUGAAAGAUCACUUCCAAGGACCAGAAUAUGGUUCACCGCAACCAAGCUCGAGUUAUUAUCAAGAUCGUGGUCCAUGGACGCAACAGCAGAAACUGGGCGACGAUCGCAAAUUUUCAGCCGACAAGCGUGAACUCAUAAAGGAGCCAUUGAUAAAGCAUUCUGGCGCUUACAAAGAGUACGAUAAGGGUCAAUUUUCCCCGCAGCCAAGGAUCGCUGGCACGGGAAGGAAUAUUUCACCGCCAGGGAAAAGAUUGCUUCAAAGUGGUAGAGAUGUAUCACCACCGGGCAGACAAAUACCACCAUCGAGGAUUUCCCCACCAGGGAGACGAGUUUCUCCAUCUGGCAGGCGUAUUUCUCCACCAGGAAGACGUAUUUCUCCAUCUGGCAGGCGUAUUUCCCCAUCUGGAAGACGAAUUUCUCCGCCAGGACGUAGAAUUUCUCCAUCAGGACGUCGUAUUUCACCUGGACGUAGAAUUUCCCCAUCGGGUCGUCGUAUUUCCCCACCUGGGAGGAGAAUUUCACCAUCUGGCAGGCGUAUUUCCCCGCCGGGUCGUCGUAUUACCCCUGGAAGACAUGUAUCACCGCAUUCUACUAUUCAUAAAGAUCAAGUUAAAAGAAAUUUACCUGGACGUCAUUCGCCCGACCGCCGCGACGAAGGUCGUAGGAUACCUCCCGGACAAGAAAGGUAUUCCCCUACGCACUUGGAAGAAAUAAGGCCGACAUCAAAACAAGUCAGACCGGCGUAUGAGCCUCCAUCGGCAUCGAAUCAACCUAUGUACUCAGGUGGAUAUCGCCCGAACAGCAAUGAAAACGUUCAAUAUCCGCAAGGGAGAACGGACCGUUGGUCGGACAGAGAGAAGCCGUUCAUCAAACACGAAGAAGAUAGAAGAGAGUCGAGAAUUUCGAAAUUCAAUUCGCAAAGAGGCGUGGAUCAUCCCGUGCCAGAAGGAAUAAAGCGAGCUAGGUCGCAAAAUCGUGAAUCGAGAUCUCCUAAACGUGAUCGCUCGCCUGUACGCGAUCGCUACAGAAGACAUUCUCCUUCGCCCAGAUCUCCGCGACGUUCGUGGGCUUUGGAGAAGAGACGCAGCCCAGAAGAUGGACAAGCACCUCCUCCGCCAAGCUGGCCUGGACAAAAUGCAAGAGACAAGAGACCUUACCCGGACAGAGCUGAUGAUGCAAGACCUUCGCCUUGGGAGGUACCUAAAUUUGAGCCUAAAACAGAAGAUAUACGCCGAGAGCCUCGAGCUGUGGUAGAAGAGAAAAGGCAUUUUGAACGUGAGACAAUAGCUGUGCGAAAGGACUUGAUGAAAUGGAAACCGGUUGGGAACGAGAGUCCAAAACAUUCUUCGAGUCGUUUCAAUCCAGAUGAUAGUGAAAAAGAUCGUAGGAGAAAAGAAUUUGAAGGUCGCCCACAAGAGUUUAGAAUGCAAGACGACGCAGAUAGAAGAGGACGACCGGACAGGCGCGAGUUUGCUGACCGUCACGAACAAGAAGAUCGACGAUACAAAUCUAAUUAUGCGGACGCAAAUGACCUCACACAAAUAAAAGAAGAAUUGUCCCGACGUAUUGAGAAAAAGACAGAGAUACUGAAGAAGCAAGAAGAACUUCAAAAAGAAAUAGAAGACGUGUAUAAACGUGCCGUGGACUUUACGAAAAAAGCAGAAAUGUAUAAAAAGGGAGAUCGCAGACAUGAAGAAGAUUAUCGAGAUGAACGCCGCCAAGAUCAACAUGACUCCAAACAUUAUGCAGAUCGUUUUGACCAGGAGCGUCGGAGUCGCGAUGAAUUUGCUAAAAAGCCGUAUGUCGAACGAAAUAGAGACGAUUUUCGUGUAGACGACCGCAGCUUGGAAGAGAAAAAUAAACCAAGACGUCCUAUGAGUCCAAGUCAAAAAGCGAAAAGAGACAAAGCUGGUGAAGAAAUCUCCGAAAAACUGUUAAGCAAAUAUGGUAGCCAUUUGCCGGAAGAUAUUAAAACGAGGGUACUCGAAGAAAUGAAAUUUGCUAUUUUAAAGAUAUUUUUCGACAUGUUUGGAAGCGAUGAAGUUUCGUUCAUAGAAAUGGUGGUAAAGUUCAACUCCAAGCACAACAUUAAAGAUCAAGAGAAAAUAUUCGACGAGGUUAUGAAGAGUUUCCCGAGUCAGUAUCGGAAGCGUCCUGCGCAAGAUGACUCUGGAGUACCGUCGAAGACAUCCAAACUAUCUCCUACAACGAUUGCAAGUAAAGAUGGGACUCAAGAAUCGUCAUACCAAACAACGAUUCGUAAAAUGCCAGUGAAAUAUGCAUCUAAAGCCCUACCACAAAGGAAGCCUACAUCUAAAGCGGUUGAAUCUAAAAAAACAGAAACAAAACCACGCCAAGAAGUGGUGAAACAGAAAUCUGAUGACACAGAGCGUAAGAGCAAGACGGAAGAUUCUAAGAAAAGUUAUAAGGUUGCCAAUGAUGAUGCAGAAACAACAGCCGUCAAGAAGGAAACCGACGAAGCGAUACAAGCUAUGUUCCCGGAGGAAAUUUCCGAAACGGAACGGGAAUUAGAUCCGCUAACCACGCGACUGUUGGAGUAUGAACUGCGACAUAUUAUGAUUAAGGUCUGGCAAGAGUUUCCCGAUGACCCUCCGACAGAUGACGAGAAAUUGAUCGCAGAAAAGUUUAGGAAUGAAGCCGGCGAUGAUAUUAGAAAUGUAAUCGGAUUAAAUGUCACAAAGAGGUUGCUGAAUAUACAUAACAGGUUAAUUGUCAAGGUUCGAUUCUCUAGUCGGCCAGAGAAAAGCUAUUUGCUAGCGUUUCUGAAGAAAUAUAACAUUCGUGGCUUCAAGCGAGUCGCCUCAGAGACUAACACGUUUGCUGCGCAGUUGAGAACUAUUGAAGACUUUGAUAGAAUUUGUGCUGAGAAAGUGAUUAGCUGUGGUAAUGCAAAGCUCACAAUAACUCCGUGCUACAAGUUUAUGAAGUGUCCACCAAAAUUGAAAACUAAAUUCGUGGAAGAAACUGAAGAUAAAACCGAGGACAAGGAAAAACCUAAAGAAACAGCGAAUACUACAAAUGAUAAAGGAGAAUCUCAAAGAGUAGAAGAUAAAAAUAAAGUUGUAACAGAAGAAAAAGCUGAAGAAAAGAAAAAUGAAAAUAAAGCUCCAAUAGAAAACACUACUAAGAAUGUUAACACAGUAAGAAAAGAAGUGAAAGAAGCUGACAACAAAACUCAAGUUGAAAGUAAACCUAAAGAACAAAAUAAACCUAUAAUUGUAAAUAAAUCUGAUACACCAAAACCAGCAAAUACACAAACACCAGUUAAAGAAACUGUACAAAAAACAGAAGUUAAAAAAGUUACUAAUGCUACAGUAGAAAAACCAAAAGAAAAUAAUGUUUUGAAAAAUAACGAAACCAAAAUAAGUGAAACCGAAAAAACAGUGAAACCAACUGUAGAGAAAAAUAAAGAAAUAACUACGACUGUCACAACAAAUGCAAAUACUCAAAAAGCUAAACAGGCUGUUGUACCUAAAGCCGCGCAAAAACCAGCAAAAGCACCAAUUAUUGCGCCUACAAAUAAUAUAGCUCCUAAAACUGUGGCUAAACCAAAAACUCCUCAAAAAGUCACUAAACCCGCUAUUGUUCCCAAAGCUAUCAACAAGGCAAAAGAAACGCCGAAAGUUCAAACGAAAAAGACACCGAAUAAAGAACAACCUAAAGAUCCUAUAAAAACAGUUAAAAAGGAAUCUAAAAAGGAUGUAAUUGAAAAAUAUGAUGAUUACGAUGAAAUGGAUGAUGAAGAUAUUCUAGCUUUAUUGUCUGAAGGUGUGGUCUUGGAUGAGUGUGGUUCUGAUGACGAAUAAAUAAGAAAAAUUCUUAGUUUUAAGCAAUUUAUAUUGUUCAUACGUAAUUGUAGUAGUAAAUAAAUGGUGAUUUGUCCAAUGACAA